CCCGAAGACAUUGAAGAUGCUCGCGAACAAUGGACACGCCUGUGUCAGGCCGCCGAACAGCUCGGCAUGCACCUUCACGAUGAAUGGUUGGCAGGCGGCGUCGCCCGCCUCUUGGCCAUCAUCUACCACCUCGGCUGUGCUGGUUGCGCUGCCUCGAGCCAACCGUCACCGGCGGCAACUGGAGCGGAGACGACGUGGCCGUCGGCGGCAACAAAGUCAGCCUCUCUCGGUGGCCUCAGUCUCAAUGGGAGCCCCGUGGCCGGGGCUCGUGAAGCUGACAUCAAAUGGGUGGGCGGUCGCUACGUCGCGGGUCAACCGCCCUCACAGACGACCUCGUACGAAGCCGUCGGCUCGGAUCCAUUCAAGUCGCCGGGAUUCACCAACCUGGCGGCUGCACAAAGAGCCGCAUACCUUUUGGGCUGUUCGAUCGAGGACUUGACGGCGGCCAUCUUCUGUGCCGACUGGUUGUCGGGCGCCAGUUCCGGCUGUACAGGUGAUAAACGAAGAGCUCGGCAAAAUCCCUUCGCAACUGACGCAGCCUCCUCCGGUUUGCCGGACAGAGAAGCAUCGAGUCCACUGUCUCGGCGACCCGUCAGCCUCUUGGAGGGCUUCGUGAAUGGACUGUACCAGUUGACUAUCAAUCUUGUCAUAAAUCUCAUCAAUCGGUAG